GGGAGGGUGGCGCUGCGGUUCCCGAGCGGCCACGGGCGGUUCCUUCCAGACUUGGGUACAUCCACUCCAUUUAAUAGGUGAGAAAUCCGAGGACCUGGCAGACAAGUAACUUGCCCAGAGUUGCACACCUGUUAAGUGGCAGAAGCAGAAUUUGAACUCAGGUCUGAGUCUGGCACUUGUGGGUGGGCACCUAGGACUUCAGACCUCUGGCUCAGACCCAUGAAGAUGGACCUACCAACCCCUCUCAGCAGAUGCCUUCAGUGUCCGCUGUGCACUGGCCGUGGGGCAGAAGAGGGGACGCUGCCCGAGGACCUUAGAUGCCUCUCUAGAGCAUGAGCUCGGGCAAGAGCGCCCGCUACAACCGCUUCUCCGGGGGGCCUAGCAACCUUCCUACCCCAGACGCCGCCACCGGGACCAGAAUGGAAACGACCUUCGGGCCCGCCUUUUCGGCUGUCACCACCAUCACAAAAGCCGAUGGGACGAGCACAUACAAACAGCACCGCAGGACGCCCUCUUCCUCCAGCUCCCUCGCCUACUCCCCGCGGGACGAGGAGGACAGCAUGCCCCCCAUCAGCACCCCGCGCCGCUCUGACUCGGCCAUCUCUGUCCGCUCCCUGCACUCGGAGUCCAGCAUGUCCCUGCGCUCCACGUUCUCUCUGCCCGAGGAGGAGGAGGAGCCGGAGCCGCUGGUGUUUGCCGAGCAGCCCUCGGUGAAGCUCUGCUGCCAGCUCUGCUGCAGUGUGUUCAAGGACCCUGUGAUCACCACGUGUGGGCACACCUUCUGUCGAAGAUGCGCCUUGAAGUCAGAGAAGUGUCCCGUGGACAAUGCCAAGCUGACGGUGGUGGUGAACAACAUCGCGGUGGCUGAGCAGAUUGGCGAGCUCUUCAUCCACUGCAGGCACGGUUGUCGGGCAGUGGGGGGCGGGAAGCCCACUGUCUUUGAGGUGGACCCCCGAGGGUGUCCCUUCACCAUCAAGCUCAGCGCCCGGAAGGACCACGAGGGCAGCUGUGACUACAGGCCUGUGCGGUGCCCCAACAACCCCAGCUGCCCGCCCCUUCUCAAGAUGAACUUGGAGGCACACCUCAAGGAGUGCGAGCACAUCAAGUGUCCCCACUCCAAGUACGGGUGCACGUUCAUCGGAAACCAGGACACGUAUGAGACGCACUUGGAGACCUGCCGCUUCGAGGGCCUGAAGGAGUUCCUGCAGCAGACGGAUGACCGCUUCCACGAGAUGCACGUGGCGCUGGCCCAGAAGGACCAGGAGAUCGCCUUCCUGCGCUCCAUGCUGGGCAAGCUCUCAGAGAAGAUCGACCAGCUGGAGAAGAGCCUGGAGCUCAAGUUCGAUGUCCUGGAUGAAAACCAGAGCAAGCUCAGCGAGGACCUCAUGGAGUUCCGGAGGGACGCGUCCAUGUUGAAUGACGAGCUGUCCCACAUCAAUGCACGGCUGAAUAUGGGCAUCCUAGGAUCCUACGACCCGCAGCAGAUCUUCAAGUGCAAAGGAACUUUUGUGGGUCACCAGGGCCCCGUCUGGUGUCUCUGCGUCUACUCAAUGGGGGACCUGCUCUUCAGCGGCUCCUCUGACAAGACCAUCAAGGUGUGGGACACGUGUACCACCUACAAGUGUCAGAAGACGCUGGAGGGCCAUGAUGGCAUUGUGCUGGCACUCUGCAUCCAGGGGUGCAAGCUUUACAGCGGCUCAGCCGACUGCACCAUCAUCGUUUGGGACAUCCAGAACCUGCAGAAGGUGAACACGAUCCGGGCCCACGACAACCCGGUGUGCACGCUGGUCUCCUCACACAACAUGCUCUUCAGCGGCUCCCUGAAGGCCAUCAAGGUGUGGGACAUUGUGGGCACCGAGCUGAAGCUGAAGAAGGAGCUCACCGGCCUCAACCACUGGGUGCGGGCCCUGGUGGCCGCCCAGAGCUACCUGUAUAGCGGCUCCUACCAGACAAUCAAGAUCUGGGACAUCCGGACCCUCGACUGCAUCCACGUCCUGCAGACAUCUGGCGGCAGCGUCUACUCUAUUGCCGUGACGAAUCACCACAUUGUCUGUGGCACCUACGAGAACCUCAUCCACGUGUGGGACAUUGAGUCUAAGGAGCAGGUGCGGACCCUGACAGGACACGUUGGCACUGUGUACGCCCUGGCGGUCAUCUCAACGCCAGACCAGACCAAAGUCUUCAGCGCAUCCUACGACCGGUCUCUCAGGGUCUGGAGUAUGGACAACAUGAUCUGCACGCAGACUCUGCUGCGUCACCAGGGCAGUGUGACUGCGCUGGCUGUGUCCCGGGGCCGGCUCUUCUCAGGAGCCGUGGACAGCACCGUGAAGGUGUGGACUUGCUAACAGAAUCCAGGCCAGGUCUUGGCUUCCUCUGGGCCUGACCUAGGCCUGUCCAAGUCCGGCGAGCCACAUGGCUGGUCUUGGGGUCUCUGCCUGCCCCAUGGGAACAGGCAGGCAGACUCAGCCAGGCAGACAGACAGUGCCCUCCCUGCCCUGCGCCCAGUGAGCCUCCCUCUGCUUGGCCUUGUCAUCGUCACUGCCAGGACAGUGCCCAGCCCGUCUGGGUGCCAGGUACGACGCUCACCAGGCCCACCCUCCAUCCCCACUCCAGAUGGACUGUGGGCCUUUUUACUCACCUUUUCUACUGUUUUUAGACUGUAUAUAAAUUUGAUUACUUCCUGAUUGAAAUAAAAGCUGCACAGACUGUG